CUACGAAUAGUACCGAGACUUGUAUUAAAUAAAAAUAUUUAAAUGUUGUAACUAUAUUCGGAUUCGCCUAUAAUAAACAUAAUAACUAUGGCCACUGUGUUUACAUCGUAUCAGCCACCGGCGGUAACCGGAGUGCAUCAAUUAAAUAUUAAUUGAAUAAGUAAUUUAACAUCAGAGGCGGAUGGCUAAGGAUUUGGGUGUACUUAAGUAUGAUCCAAACACUGAGGCGUUUCAGUCUAGAGCCCAGUGGAAGAAGGCUGAUAACUGUAGGAAGCAGUGGGUUGAACGUUGGAGCUGGUUGCUGGAUGAAAGAAAAUUGGCGCAGGCGGAGGCGGAUGCGAUACGUCAAGAGACGGCUUCUGUGUUGCCACAUGUCAUUGGUAAAACGGAAUCCACAAAAUCAUUGAAACCAGUGCCCAGCACAUCAUCGGGCAUUAUCGGAUGGCUGGCUGCCAAGCCAGACUGCCAGUUAGAAAUAUAUACAUCUUGGAUUGCGAAGGUUCCAAUGCGACUCCCGGAUACAUGGGAUGACAAGAAAUAUCUCGGUUAGGUAUUCGAAUUGUAGUUGUACUAGUAUCGAUAUCUAAUCACUCGAAUACAUAAAUCAAAAAAAAUAUAUCUAUUUCCGGCAUCCAUUAUCGCAUAUAAUUUUCUCGAUAAUUUACUUAAAAAGGUACAGAAAAACAAAAAAAAAAGCAAAAGGAUAUUUUAUUAGUCUGUUUUAAAAUAAUAAUAAAAAUAUAUUCUUUAAAU